UUAACGUGACAAAAACACGAACAAUAUUAAUAGUAACAGUGAGUUAAAUUGUUUACGUUGUGUUUGAAUUGCAAUAAAAAUUACAUUAUAAGGCCACAGUCAUAGAUUAGACGAAUACUAAACUUUCUACAAAUAAAGGAUAUUUACACCUAUAUAAGUGAAUUAUUUUGAGAUUAGUUAUUAUCGCUAAAUCUUCGAUUUUACGUGACAUUUUUUAUCAUAAAAAGCCUUGGAUUUAGAUAUCAUCAACAACAUUACGAAAGUUAGUAUUCGUAUAUCUUUUUUCCUGAGUGCUGUUGUUCAUAACAUUCAUGAGAACGUUACCUUGCUCAUGUAAAGAGAAGAUACCUUCUUAAAGACUGUUUUGAAUUCCUUUUUGCUCUAUUGGGAUACUUUUGUGUAAUCGUAUAUUAGUUGGGGAUGAAAUAGAUACUCUAUUUUGAUAAUCGAACGAAUUCCUCGGAUUUAUGAAUUUAAAGCCUAAAGUUGGUAUCAACCCUAAAGUGGGGAAGUCCCUAGCCAAUCCCAGUCAACACCCAUGACAGCCAUCUGUCUUUAAUAGAUGAUUUAGAAACCGUCAUUAUCAACUGCGAAAUUAGAGAAACUCUUGGUCAAAAAGCCUGGAAUUGAGAUCAGUAAGAAAGAUCUAAAAAAAUUCGACGCGAAACACAAAUGUACUUUCUGUGGAUUCUUGCUGAACAAGCGAAUGGAAGCAAAGUGUAAACACUUCUUUUGUCAGUCUUGUGUUGAAAUUAUUCUAGGGAUCACAUAAAAGACACAUGUGAAAAUGCACCCGUAAUAUGCAAAAAUUGCAAAGAUAAAAUACGAAGAAAAGAUAUCAAAAACCACGAGGAACAAUUUUGCCAUAAAGUAGACACUGAAAAUUCUCAAGUCAUUGGAUACAACCAUGAUAAAAUUCUAAAACGAAAUAAAUUCCGACAACGAUGUUAAACCAAUUAAUUGAUCAUUGAGCAAGUUAACCUAAACUAUACUAAUUCUUACGGUAUUUUCAACCGUUUUUGAUGCAGUAUGAUGGAAUGGCAAUGGAAGGUCCUUUUGUUCAACAAAGAGGACGUUAACUGUAGUGAUUUAGCAAUUUACCUGGGAUAUUUUGUUACGUAAAAAGUAUCCAGCACAUGUUCUUUAAAAUUAGUUCAUUUUUUCUCUUUAUUUGCACGUUUAUAUUCUAAUCUACUACAUGUGGAAAACUUAAGUGAAUCUAUCCCUAUUAUGUUAUGGUUCAGUGAAAUAACGGUUCAAAUUUAUUGGUAUUCCCCUAAACCUGUUGGGAUUCCCCUUUAAAUAGCAAGUGAUAUCUGAUAAGCAAGCUUGAAGAUUUGUGAAGGAAUAGUUAUUUUUAUCUCCAAAAAUCGUCUUGGUUUUUAGUAACAAAUUCAAACAGGAAGUCGAGGUAUAAAGAGACGUGUGUUUAAUUUUAUCGACUAUCGACGUAUUUGGAGUUUGUUUCUUAUUGUUUGGAGUUUGUUUCUUAUUGUUUGGAGUUUGUUUCUUAUUAUUGGAGUUUGUUCCUUUGCAGAAACAAAUUAAGUCCAAAUUGCUAUCAAGUAAGAUGCCUGGAACAAAGAUUCGUGAUGAAGAUCGAAAAAAAAUCCACCCAAAAUUCAUAUGUACUUACUGUCAUCAUCUUCUUGUCAAUCCAAAGCAGACCUCGUGUGGACACUUGUUUUGUGAAUCUUGUAUUGACAUUGUACUUGGAUGUUCUGAUCCGAGAUGUCCUGAAGAUGAACGAGAAUUAAACCAAAACGAGGUUUUCCCGGAUGCUUUUGCAAGGCGUGAGUUGAGAAGGAUUCGUUUACAUUGUCCUUCUUACAAUUGCAAUUGGUUUGGUACCUACGAAGAAUUAGAAGGUCAUUCUCAAGUUUGUGAGCAUGCGCUCAUUAGCUGUGUACACAAACAAUGUAACAUUCAGCUACCUCGCUCUCUCCUUGAUGAACAUUUGAAGAAUGAUUGUGAAUAUCGAAAUGUGAAAUGUGAAUAUUGUGGGAAAGAUGUCCCUUAUGAUACACUUAAGGACCACUUAGACAAUAUUUGUGACAAUGCACCCGUACCUUGCAAGUAUUGUAAGCAAUUGAUACAGAGGAAGAACAUUGAAAACCAUGAAAAUACAACUUGUGAUGAAGUGCCGACUGAAUGUGAAUUUCAAGCUAUUGGAUGUAACCAUAAUAAAACUUUAAAACGAAGGGAGAUCCAACAACAUAUGAAGGACAAUCUAAUUGAUCAUGUGAGCCUCCUGUUGCGAUAUGUUAUCGCAAUUGUUACGCAGUUAAGUAACUAUAUACCACCUUCGGAAUUUUCUAUUUGUGGUGAAGGCAUGGCUGACCGACCCAAUGCUGUUCGUGCCAAUCUCUCAGAAAAACUUGUGAUGUUAGAAGGUAAACUUACAGAUCUCAAAAAUUGGAUCGACAAUCUCAAGCGUCGUGAUGGUAACGAUAGGGACGCCCAGUUGUAUGAAGCUGUUUUCUCAAUUCGUGAGAGGAUCAUGUCCCUUGAGCGACAAAUGAGAAAUAAUUCAUCCAUCAUACAACGGAUUCGCGAGCGUUUAGAGCAAAUUUACGAGUCAUUGGCGCGUAACGCGCAACGUGGCGCCUGUUCACUGGGAUCUAACCAGGCUAUACACAGCUACAACGGUACGUUACUUUGGAAAAUUGAUAACUUCAAGAAGAAGAGACAGGACGCCAUUAAUGGUGUAAAAACAGCCUUGUACAGUCCACCAUUCUACAGUUCUCAAUAUGGUUACAAGAUGUGUGCUAAGAUCUAUAUGAAUGGUGAUGGUUUUGGAAAAGGAACUCAUUUAUCUUUGUUUUUUGUUGUUAUGAAAGGUGAUAACGAUGCUUUUCAAACAUGGCCAUUCCAAAAGAAGAUCACAAUGAUGUUAAUGGAUCAAGGAAAUGGUGAUCACAUGAUUGAUGCUUUUCAUUCAGGUCCUCAAAGUUCGGAAAAUUUAAACAAUCGCCAGUAUAUUAAAGGUGAAUACAAAGCUGUUCAAAAGUGGCCAUUUCAUAAAAAUGACGCCACGAAAUUGAUGAAUGAUUGUGAUGGUAAACACAUGGUUCUUGAUUUUCAUUUAAAUGGUCAAAGUUCCUCCCUUCACCGACCUAAUUCAAAUAUCAAUGAUUCUGGAUAUCUGCUUCGUCGUUGGCCGUUGGAGUGUUUAAGUCAAUUUGUUAAAGACGACACCCUUUUCUUUGUGUUAUUGAUUAAUUGAAAUAUCUGAAUUUUGAAAACAAAUCAUGAAUAUGGUAGUUUUACACUGAUUUGGAGGACGUCUAUGAUACAUAUUUUUGCUAAAAAUUUCACCAACUAUUGAAGUGCUCUUUGUACGUCACUCGAGUAAGUUUGAUAAGACGUCGCUGCUGUUGUGAGUGUAGCAAAUUCUUUUUGGCCGUGCAUGAAAAAUUUUUGUCAACAAUAAAGUUUCUUGAAUUAAGUUAACCAACCUCUUGUCAAGUAAAUUUGUAAUAACAGCAAAUAGUUUGCUGAUUUAUAAUAAACCAAUCCAGAUAA